GAGAGUUUACAACUGUUAGCUAAAACCCUAAGUGAGGAGCGAUUCUAGAUUUCUUCUUGUUGAUUUGUUCAAUCAAUGUUGAAUUUAUGGAGAAAUCGGCUUCUUCGUCGACCUUCAAUUCUAGAUUCAGUUUGCAGAUUUUCUCAUUUUGAAGUUGAUGCAUGUUCCUCUACAUCUUCUUCGCAAAGUCCCAGUUUUGAUCAAGGAGGGCAUGAUUGUCGGAACGAUGAUCGAUUUGGAGGAUUUGGGCAAUUGGGUUUGGGAAAUUCGCGGACUUCGAGCGUGAAUGAAGCUGAAUUUUAUAGUUCUCGUAACCCUAGGUUUACUGGAUUUGACGAGGUUGAUGAGUUGGGAGAAAGUGAUGAAGCGGACGAUGAAGAAGACGAAAGCAAUGGCGAAGAAGAAGAAGAUGAUGAUUUUGCUACUCUGGAAUCGUUUACGAAAACCCAUCCGGUAUCGCGGGAAGACGUUAGCAGAGUUCUGCUCGAAGAAAAUGAUGAAUCUAAGCAUCCAUUGGUGCGAGAGAUAUGCAGAUUGAUUGACCUCAGAUCGAGUUGGAACCCUAAUCUCGAAGCUCAAAUGAGAAACCUUCUAAGGAGCCUCAAACCUCUGCAAGUCUGUGCUGUUUUGCGCUCUCAGGAUGAUGAAAGGGUUGCUCUGAAAUUCUUCUACUGGGCUGAUCGUCAAUGGAGGUAUCGCCAUGAUCCUGUUGUAUACUAUGCAGUGCUUGAGAUUCUUGGUAAGACUAAGUUGUGUCAGGGAGCACGAAGGGUUCUUCGUCUAAUGAAGAAGAGAGGUAUAUACCGAUGCCCGGAAGCAUUUUCCUGUGUGAUGGUGUCAUACAGCAGGGCAGGUAAAGUAAGGGAUGCGUUAAGAGUGUUGACCCUUAUGCAGAGAGCAGGAGUUGAACCAGAUUUGUUAAUCUGUAAUACGGCUAUUGAUGUUUUGGUCAGAGCGAAUAGGUUGGAGAAAGCUUUACGUUUCUCAGAACGUAUGCGUGUAAUCGGUAUAACGCCAGAUGUCGUGACUUAUAACAGCUUGAUCAGAGGGUACUGUGACGUGCACCGAGUUGACGGUGCAAUGGAGCUAAUGGAUGAAAUGCUUAGUAAAGGAUGUUCUCCGGAUAAAGUUAGUUACUAUACCAUCAUGGGUUUUCUUUGCAAGGAAAAGAGGGUUUUUGAAGUGAGGAAAUUGAUGGAUAAAAUGGUGACAGAACAUAAUUUGGUGCCAGAUCAGGUCACAUAUAAUACUGUAAUUCAUAUACUCACGAAAUAUGGCAAUGCAGACGAUGCUCUUCAGUUUCUCAGGGAAGCUGAGGAGAAAGGGUUUCGGAUUGAUAAGGUGGGUUAUAGUGCUAUAGUUCAUUCGUUUUGCAAGGAGGGUAGGAUGUGUGAGGCAAAGGAUAUUAUUAGUGAGAUGCUGUCAAAAGGUUGUUCUCCUGAUGUAGUAACUUACACUGCUGUUGUUAAUGGGUUCUGUCGUCUUGGUGAGGUGGACAAAGCCAAAAAGUUGCUUCAUGUUAUGCGCAAACAUGGACACAAGCCAAAUACUGUGUCUUACACGGCCGUGUUAAAUGGGAUGUGCCGAACUGGAAAAUCUACCGAGGCAAGGCAAAUGAUGAACAUGAGCGAAGAGCAAUGGUGGAUUCCAAAUGCUAUUACUUAUAGCGUUAUUAUGCAUGGGUUACGCAGGGAGGGGAAAUUAUCUGAGGCCUGUGAUGUGCUAAGAGAGAUGGUUAAAAAAGGGUUUUUCCCGACACCAGUUGAAAUCAACUUAUUGAUUCAGAGUCUCUGCCGGGAUGGGAGAACACACGAGGCCAGAAAAUUCUUGGAAGAGUGUCUGAACAAAGGUUGUGCUGUUAAUGUUGUAAAUUUCACUACUGUGAUUCAUGGUUUUUGCCAAAAGGAUGAGCUGGACGCUGCUCUUUCUGUACUAGAUGACAUGUACCUGAUCAACAAACAUGCGGAUGUCAUCACUUAUACUACAUUAGUUGAUGCAUUGGGAAGAAAAGGUAGAAUAGCAGAGGCAACAGAGCUUAUGAAGCAGAUGCUUCACAAGGGAUUGGAUCCCACUCCUGUUACAUACAGAACUGUCAUUCAUAGAUAUUGCCAAAUGGACAAGGUUGGUGAUCUGUUAAAAUUAUUGGAGAAAAUGAUGUUGAGGCAGAAAUGCAGAACAGCAUAUAAUCAAGUUAUUGAAAAGCUUUGUGCUUUAGGAAAGCUUGAGGAGGCAGACAAGCUCUUGGGAAAAGUUCUUCGGACAGCUUCAACUUCUGAUGCUAAGACAUGUUAUGUGCUCAUGGAAGGCUAUCUCAAAAAGGGUGUUGCUCUGUCAGCAUACAACGUGACGUGUCGGAUGUUUAACCGCAAUUUAAUACCUGAUGCCAAGUUCUGUGAGAAGAUAAGCAAGAGAUUGAUGAUGGAAGGAAAGGUCAAGGAGGCAGAUGACCUAAUGAUACGUUUGGUUGAGCGUGGUCGUAUUUCACCCCGGCUAACAGAAAAGUCCGUGAGCAAGUAAAUACCUUUACCGAUUUGCUAAUUCAUUUCUGUAACCAUAAGCAUUUUGGAAAACCAAAUUGAGGUUUCAAGCAAGGAGAGUUUGUUAGCAUGUGAACCGGCUUCAUAUGCUUUCAUUCCAAUUUGGAAGUCAAUAAAGAUAAACCAAAGGUAAUUUAUGCCCAGCUGCCUCACUAAUGCCUCAAAGGUUCAUGGUAAACAACACAUGUCUUGCUCUAUGAUGGAUUUUGUUCUUCUCUGUUUUAGGUCCUUGGCUAGAGGAAAUCAGUUUGACACAUCUGGUAAACUGUUUCUUGUUUGCCUGGUAACUGCAUGUUAUAUCCGACACCUGCUUUUCUUCUCACUCUAGAGGUUUCUCCAUUGUGUGACACUCGACAGUCUACUGUCUACUAAGUUUAAGUUUAAGCCAUUCUUGUAAAAUCCUGGUGCUCUCUGUUUUUAUUUCGCUUAAUAUUAGAAAUGUUUAGCUAUACUACUAUUACAAUGGGUAGAGUUUAAUGCUUAAGUGUAUGUGUUUGAUCGUUUUGACAUAUUCUGAAGGGUUAUUUCUUUAUAGCCCAUGAUGAUUCUCCGUUUAAGUUUACGAUAGAAGCACAACGGAAUAAAAAGUUCGGAUCUAAUUUAAAUUGCAGGGCCUGAUCGUAAUACCAAGAAGACCUAAAAAUUUUAUCUGAAUACAGUAGAAAUUGUAUUUUCAACUUUCCAACAAAAAAGAAAGUUAUAUUAUCAAUUAUCAGAAAUAGACCUCUUUUUGUGUGAGUCUGAAGAAUUUGGGGGUUCUUGUCAUAUUUCUUUUCCAUGAUAACACUGCUUUUGGCUGCUUCUUGACAUUGCAGAGAACAAGACAUUUUAGCUUUUGUUGAGAAAGCAAAGUCUACUUGUAGUAGCGCUUCUUCCUCAAGUGGUGCUUUUGUUGUUGUAUUGUGCAAAUAAAAAUUUCAUGUUUCCUCAAUAAUUUCAAAUAGUUGUCUUCUUGGAAUCUACCAAGCUUCCCAUCUCAACAUGUUGCCUUCCAGAGAGACUGCAAGAACCACACAUUCCAUGCCGUUUCCUUUUCCAUGCAACAUCAUACUCAAGGUGUUCCUUCCAAAAAUCUCUUGUGAAAAGAUGCUGUGGCCAUUAUAAUCCCAUUGUCUUUUAGUUGGUCGAUGGCAACACAAGUGCAGUCGUUGUCUUUGCAUAGAGAACUUGUUGGCUGGAUAUUUUUACCCGGGCUUCGCGAGCUUCCAUUGUCUGUUAGCUGGUUAUGGCAACAAAAAUGCAGUCGUUGUCUUUGUAUAGAGAGAACUUGUUGGCUGGAUAUCUUUACCCGGGCUUCAUGAGCUUUUUGUGACAGUACAAGUGUUUGUCUUUUAGUUCCAUACACCAGAAUACUCAAGGUGUUCUUUCCAAGGAUCUCCUGUGAAAACGUAAGAGAAGAUAUUGUCCAGUAACAGUCUUGCCAUUUUUUUUUUGUCAAUGUCAUAUAAUCCGAUGUUUCUUGUAAUGUUGUGAUGCCGGGGCCAUUAUAAUCUCGUUUUCUGUUAGCUGGUUGAUGACAACAAAAGUGCCGUCAUUGUCUUUGUAUAGGGAACUUCUUGGCCAGAUGUUUUUACCCUGGAGCUUUUUGUGACGGUAUAAGUGUUUUGUCCUUUAGUUCCAUACACCUUCAUAGUGAAAGCGUCCACUGUUCAUAUCAAGAAUCUCCUGCGAAAAGGUUAAAAGAAGAUAUUGUCCAGUAACAAUCUUGCCAUGAUUUUUCAUCUUGUGAUACUCUGAUGUUUAUUGCUAAUGUUCAGAUGUCGUUGCCAUUAUAAUCCCGUUUUCUGUUAACUUGUUUGACAAUAAAAGUGCCGUCAUUGUCUUUGUGUAGGUAACUUGUUGGCCAGUUAUCUUUAGGGCUUUAUGAGCUCUUCAAUACCGUGAAAAGGCCAUUGGAGCUUCAGGUUCAGACAGAGUGAGCCGUGUUGGGUUCUGUUUGACGUUACGUGGAAUGUUACAGUGUGAAGGAGUCAGUUGGUUGGGCUGAGUUUUUCUACAGGCACAUCUACUGAAAUGGGUCGUUCAGAUUCUCGUCAGGAAAGAAAAAUCUUUGCCCCUCAUUAAUAAUAUCCUCAAGGUCCAUGCAUGGUGGUAUGUAGUUUCCUCAUUUCCAAAUCUCCCAAAAAGGGUUUCAGAUAAGAUUUGUCUUCUGCAAUGGGUUCAGUUGAUUGUGCCCCCUUUCUCUCUUCAGCCUGUCGUUUUUUAUCUCUUUUCUGUGUUUAUUCGUUUGUCUUCUUGGGUAAAGAAGCUGACUUCUAUUGCAUCAUUCAUACAUUACCUCGAGAGAGAGAGAGAGAGAGAGAGAGAGAGAGAGAGAGAGAGAGAUCUUACUCUCUAUAUGCUUUAACCUUUGAUCACUUCUAUGACUUGUCUAUUCUCUUUCUUGUGUUU